ACAAGAUGUACUUCCAAAAGACGAGAAAAUUAUUUAAAUUUUGCUAAAUUACCACAAAACAUCUGUAAAGUUAAAAGUUGAAGUGUUUUUCAAAAACCACAAGAAAAAAGAAACAUGUUUCAAGAGUCGUUCAAAUACUACAAGGCGCGAGAUCCGCCACCAAGCUUCGAGAACGUAAUCGAUACGGACAAGGAUGGUGCUGAACUAGAUUGCCGACUGCAGAAUUAUUCGUCCACUGUCGGAAAUAAUGCCACCUUCCCGGAUCUGCUCGACAGCAGUUCCUGGCGGAUAUUCGCGCUAAAGAACAGGCCCGGACUCAUCAUCAUCAAAAACCCCUUCACCAAACACUCCCAAAGACACUGGAUGACGCGCUGUAUCUGCGACUAUCCGAAACAUCCCAACCACACGAACCUUCCGGACGCCAUCGUAGACAAGUACGCACUCCGCAGUACGCGGGAACAAUUCGACUGGUGGGCUACGGCCACGACCGUCGAAGAUCCGGCCGACCGGAGGAAACUCCUGAAGGCGCUCCGUUGGACCACGCUGGGAUAUCAAUACGAUUGGACCAACAAAAUUUACGACGAAUCCGCUCGGAAUGCGUUCCCGGAAGAUUUGUCCGCCCUGUGCCGUCACUUUGCCCAGGUUCUGGGCUUCGUCCGGUUCCGACCGGAAGCGGCCAUCGUGAAUUACUACCCCGUCGGGAGUACCCUGGCAGGGCACACGGACCACUCCGAGAAGAAUCUGGAGGCGCCGUUGUUUUCGUUUAGCUUUGGCCAACCGGCCAUCUUCCUGAUCGGAGGGCACACCAAAGAGGAGCGGCCGGACGCCCUGCUGCUCCGGAGUGGCGACGUUAUCGUGAUGACUCGGGAGGCCAGACUGUGCUACCACGCGGUGCCAAAAGUUUUCCAUUGUCCGGAGUCGGAACGAAGCCAACGGUGGGAGUCACCGGACGAGCAACCGGAAGUGCAAACUGCCGACUGUCGGUCAACAGCGACGAUGACCACGGGUGCUUUCGCUGAUUACAUUGGUAAUAGCCGAAUCAACAUCAAUAUUAGACAAGUUUUAAAUGAGGGAGAAAAUCAUUUGUAAACGAGGUCCCUCCCCCCCCCUCUUCCAGCCCUGGCGCAACUUGGUCCAGGACGGAAUCGCUUCCUGCUUAUUUUUGUGUGUGGUUGGAUUAAAUUUUUAAAAUUACCACCGGUUUAGUGAGAACGAUAAA